UGUAGGGAUAAAGUGAGAAAGGCCAAAAGCCAUGUCGAGUUGGACCUUGCGAAGGGAAUUACAACCAAGAGUAAAAGGUUCUAUAGCCAUAUAAAUAAGAAGAAAACAAAGAAGGAAGAAGUGGGACUGCUAAACACUGAGGAUGGAGUGGAGGUUAAGGAUAAUCUAGGCAUAGCCCAAUAUAUAAACAAAUACUUUGCCUCGGUCUUUAAUGAGGCUAAUGAGAAGUUUAGGGAUAAUGGUAGGGUGACAAAUGGGAAUGAGGAUAUGGAGGUAGAUAUUACCACAUCCGAGGUAGAAGCCAAAGUCGAACAGCUUAAUGGGACUAAAUCGGGGGGGCCCAGAUAAUCUUCAUCCAAGAAUAUUAAAGGAACUGGCACAUGUACCGUAUGACUGGAGAAUUCCUAACAUAGUUCCUAUUUUUAAGAAAGGGAAAAAAUGUGAUCUGGUAACUACAGGUGUGUCAGACCUGGUCUACACUAUGAGUUUAGGUCGACUUUAGCAGGGUUAAAUCGAAUUAAGCCUGGACACGUCCACACGACAAAGCCCUUUUUUUCGACUUAAAGGGCCCUUUAAACCGGUUUCUUUACUCCACCUCCGACGAGGGGAUUAGCGCUAAAAUCAGCCUUUGCGGGUCGGAUUUCGGGUAGUGUGGACGGAAUUCGACGUUAUUGGCCUCCAGGAGCUAUCCCACAGUGCUUCACUGUGACCGCUCUGGACAGUACUCUCAACUCAGAUGCAUUGACUAGGUAGACAGGAAAAGCCCCGCGAACUUUUGAAUUUCAUUUCUUGUUUGCCCAGCGUGGAGAGCACAGGUGACCACGCAGAGCUCAUCAGCAUAGGUAACCAUGAUGGAGUCCCAGGAUCGCAAAAGAGCUCCAGCAUGGACAGAACAGAAGGUACGUGAUCUGCUCACCAUAUGGGGAGACGAAUCAGUGCUAGCUGAACUCCGUAGCAGUAAACGAAAUGGCAAAAUAUUAGAAAAGGUCUCAAAGGCCAUGAAGGAUAGAGGCCAUAACAGGGACGCACAGCAGUGCCGCGUGAAAAUUAAGGAGCUAAGGCAAGCCUACCACAAAGCCAGAGAGGCCAACGGAAGGUCUGGGGCAGAGCCGCAAACAUGCCGCUUCUACGCGGAGCUGCAUGCCAUUCUAGGAAGUGGAGCCACCACUACCCCAACCGUGUGCUUUGACUCCAUCAAUGGAGAAACACGCAACAAGGAAGCGGGUUCGGGGUACGCGGAAGAUGAUGAUGAUGAUGAAGACAGUUCACAGCAAGGAAGCAGAGAAACCAGUUUCCCCAACAGCCAGGAUAUGUUUAUCACCCUGGACCUGGAACCAGGAACCCCCGAACUCACCCAAGGCGUGCUCCCAGACCCUGAGGGCAUUCAAGGGACCUCUGGUGAGUAUACCUUUCUGCAAAUGUUUCUCCUUCGCAGAGGCUAGCAAAGAUUAGAAGAAAAUGGCGGACUUAGGAUGAUAUGUUCACAGAGCUCCAGAUGACCUCCCACGCAGAAAGAGCACAGCAGAAUGUGUGGAGGCAGUCAAUGUCAGACUACAGAAAAGCACAAUAUGAAUGAGAGGAGAGGUGGCGGGCUGAAUCGCGGGAUGAACAGAGCAAGUGGCGGGCUGAAGAUAAUAGGUGGCGUCAGCUUGCAGACAGAAGGCAAGAGUCGAUGCUCCGGCUGCUGGAGCAUCAAACUGAUAUGCUCCAGCGCAUGGUUGAGCUGCAAGAAAGGCAGCAGGAGCAGAGACCGCCGCUACAGCCCCUAUGUAACCAACAGCCCUCCUCCCCAAGUCCCAUUGCCUCCUCACCCAGAUGCUGAAGAACACGGUGGGGGGGCCUCCGGCCACCCAGUCACUCCACCCCAGAUGAUUGCCUGAGCAUCGGAAGGCUGGCCUUCAAUAAGUGUUAAAGUUUUAAAGUUUUAAACUGCAGUGUGUCCUUUUCCUUCCCUCCUCCCCCACCCCUCUCGGGCUACCUUGGCAAUUAUCCCCCUAGUUGUGU